AUGUCCGACUACCCCAUAUCGUGCAUUUCGUGCCGUCGGAAGAAGAUAAAGUGUAACAAGAAGAAGCCUUGCAACCAGUGUGUCAAGAAAGGCGUCAUCUGUGAGUUCCCGAGGAAGUUCCGAAACAUCAACAUCGCCAACGAACAUGAUCACCACAGCCAUACCCACGAAAUGAGCCCCGUGAGGUCCUCCUCGAAUCUGGACUCCAACUCUCCCCUGGAGGUCCACCGCCUACAUGAUGAGGUCGAGUUGCUCCGGAAGGAGAAGUUGGCUGUUCUUCACGAAAACUUUAAGUUGACCCAGAAAAAUCACGAGUUACGAUCCAAGCUCCAGACGCUCGAUAGAACUCAGAAUACUGAGCAUGACGACGAACACGGUAUCGAGAUAGCCGGAGAAACGACCGAGAUGGGCGAGAAGUACUACGGUCCUUCCUCGUCGAACUACAUGAUCGAGGCUCUUCGACUGAAGAACAACAACAAUAACAAUAACAACCAAAACGAGGAUUCGCCACAGAAGUCCGACUCGAGCAGCACGCCGUUCAACAAUGAUAGCCAUCCUUCUAAAAAGAAAAGAGAAGGACUGGACUCGGAUGAUAUGGAUGUCGAAGGUAACGGCGAUAUUGCAUUCUCGAAGAAACCUCUCCCGUGGUUGCUUGGCAAGAACGACAAGCAGGAGGACAACCUCGAGGUUAUCAAGACCCUUAUAAGCCAUUUCUUCGAGCACAGCACCUACAGGUCGUUUAUUUCGAAGCCGGAGUUGAUCGGUUUCAUUAACUCGUAUGAUAGCAUCAACGAUAAGGAAUGGGAGAACGACGAUGAUUUGCUCCUUCUACACAUGGUGUUGAUAUUGCUGGUUCUGCGUCUUACGCCGAAGAGCUAUAAUGAAAGUGGCCUCACAAAGGACCCUGUUGAUUCGGUUGUCACGUUACACAAGCGAAGCACAAGCUUAGUUAAGAAUGUGCUUUACCGUGGUUUCACCAAGUUGCGUCAUAACCUUUUAAACGAAUCUAUCAUGACUGUCCAGGCAUACAUCUUGUGUACCGAGUGGUAUUUCAUUGACCAGCGUUACGAAGAGUCAUGGUCUAUGUUGUUCCAUUGCUGUGCUGUGGCAUACGCCAUUGGUCUUCAUGUCAUGGUGAAUAUGAGAACUACCAAUGACAGUCUAGAAGAAGCUCCUGUCAAACUUGCUGAAAUGUCUCAAAAGAAGGACUUGAGAGACGAAUCUGGCGAAGGCGGAGUGAAGGUCGAAGAGAAGGAUGACUCAGUGUCGGACGAAGAUGACUCCGACAGUGAUGUACCUAGAUUCAAGGUCUGGUUUGCCUUGAAGUACAUGUGCGGCCAGCUUUGCUCUGUCUUGGGUCGUCCAAACCCUAUCUCCAUUCAGGUCAACUCGGUUGUGCUUUUCACAUCCAACCAGCAAAACCUCGCCAAGCUUCGUUUAGACUCUGAGAAGACUCAGGUUCAGUUGAAGAUGGGUCUCAGUGAAUGCCUCAGAUUAUCCAACAUGAUGCUUAUCGAGAGUUUCAUGAUGAACUUCACCAUCGCCGACGUUAUGCGUCUCGAUGCUAGGUUCAAAGAGGAAUGUGAAAAGCUCACCUGGUUCGUGAGCCAGGAGUACCAAUCUCAGCAUCUGGGCCUGGCCGAGGAAGUGGACGAAUCAUGCCACAUGCCUUUGGCGGUCGAAAGGGAGCCUGCUAUCGUGGACUUGAUCAUUUUGCAUAUCAACAGGGCCAAGUUGCUUGAACCAUUCAGCAACCAAUUCUUGGGACCCGAGGAUAACAAGUAUCUCAUCGAAGCCAUGUGUGAUUCUAUUCUGAGAUUCCUCGAUUAUACUGUUGAAUUCACGAAGGACUUUUUGCUGAGAAUCACACCUCACUUCCUUAAUGAUGAGGGUAAGGCUUUCAGCAGAACUAAGCUCGGAAAGGUCUUCCGUGUUGACUAUCCUUUCCUCAACUCCUUUAUGUACCAGGGUAUUAUCGUGAUUUUUACCCUCCUCAACUACAAGGCCAAGGAGUUCAUUCAAGGAGAGUCUGGUACAUUUUUGAAGCACAUCGAGCAAAAGCUCAACGAUCUUCUCCAGUUCUCCUCGCAGUUGACUGACCAGUUGGGUGAGGAUGUGCGUUUGUGGUCCACCAACAUCCUUUACUUGAUUAACAAGGAUCUCCAGCAUAUCAAUACCCUUCUCAAGAAGAGAGAUUACCACCAUCAGACUGAUUCUGAGAAUGCUCCAAAUCUCGAGACUGAUGAUUUGGACAAGAUUUUGGGUUUCUCAUUUAAGGAUCCUUUCUGGCUCAACGCAGAGAAUAUUCCCUACUAUCUCAGCAGUCCUUCGGACGAUGAGAUGGGACCUCAAAUGUUUGAAAAUCCUGACUACAACAAGAACAUGCAGUCGAACUCCCUCAGCCUGGAUGUUCUUAAUCAGUACAACAUGCAAGGUCAGGACCAGUUCCCUGGUGCUUGGAACCAAGUUCCUGGCGAUGUGCAACAAGUUCAUCAGCCACAGCAGAUGACUCAGGCACCACCACAUCUUUCUCAACGAGAGCACCAGUCUCAGGUUCCAGCCCAUGUUCAGUUUGAUAAUGUUCAACAACCACUGCCUUUGAGAAGCAGAGAGUCCUCGCAAUUCCUGGCCCCCAGGCAGAGUCAAUUCCCUCAGCAUCACAAGCUUCCCCAGCACCCAAUGCAAAAUCAGCAGGGAAUUCCUCAUCAACAAAUGGGCCCUCGAACCAUAUCCAGUCACAAUGGAGGCCAGGACCAGCAAAUGAACAAUCAGAUGGUGCAAAACAUGAAUGGCCUGGUGAACAACGCAGGACAAAAGGGAGUUCCUACUCAGCAUUACAAUGGUAUGAUGGGCAAUCCAGCAGUGGGGCAAAACCCCAAUCAGCUUCAGGAUGAGGAUGAAAACGAGAAGAAUCAAGCAAGCGAGUUGAACUAUGCUCAAUCUUCGCACAUGCCACAAACCGGAGUGUUCUAUACCGAUAGCAGCACCAGCAAGUACCCUAUUCUCGAGGCCAUGUCUUUCAAGAACAUCUUCAACAAACAGACUUUCAGGUACCUUUUCACCACGCACUUCUGGGGCCCUGUGUCUAACUUCGGUAUCCCAGUCGCUGCCAUGAUGGACUUGAACAAAGACCCAGAUCUCAUUUCUGGUCCAAUGACAGGCUCGUUGAUUAUGUACUCCUUGGUUUUCAUGAGAUACUCCGUUGCCAUUAGCCCAAAGAACUAUUUGUUGUUUGGUUGUCAUUUCGCCAAUGAGUGUGCCCAAUUGGCCCAAGGUUACAGAUGGGUCAACCACCAUUACUUCGGUAACAAGAAGGUCGAGGCCCCAUCUCCAUCCACGUAA